AGAGAACAAGACCAGAGAGGGUUGAAGAGAAUCGUUGGACGGAGCCAGGCCCAAACACGGACAAGUUACUUGGUGACUCCCCCAUUGCUAUGAAUAGCUCAAACCCUAGACUGGUCCGAAUUUGAUUCUGUUUUGCUAUUUGGUGUGAGCUCCUUUGUGUUGGAGCGAUCAAAAUAGUUGGAAGCCAAGCCUGCCACUUAAAUGGAUCUGGAGACUGAAAAUCGAUUAGCUGCUAUGCUUAUGAGGGAAGCAGCUGAAUUGCGGAGGCAGUCUGAAAAGGAAGGUGUUCUGGCUUAUCUUCGUAAGCCUAACGAACGGACACGACCAAAUUCACGUUUCCUCACUGCUACUGUACGUGGUGUACAACAAGCAAAUCGAGCUGUGGAAGUGAAUGAAAUGUGGCGAUUGCGGCAAAAGGAACUGGAGCUGGAUAAACGGAUUAAAGAAACUUUGAUAGAUAAAAGCAGUAGGGACGGAAGCCAUAGGGAUGAUAAUUCAUCAAGAAGCACAGGAAGAGAUACUGUUAUUGAUAACUGCACUAGAACCUCUGCUUCAUUCUCAAGUAAAAGAGAAUCUGAGCUGGAUAAACGGGUUAAAGGCCUGUCAAAAGAUAAAAGCAGCUAUGACAGAAGAGAUAGAGAUGGCAAUUCUUCAAAAAGCCCAGGAAGACGUGCUGUAGUGGAUAAAAGCAGUAGUGCCUCAGGUUCAUGCUCAAGUAAAAGAGAAUUUGAGCACAGCCCAGAAGGUUUAAAGGACGAAGAGCUUGAGGAGUUUCUGCACUCCAGGACCAAGCGCGGCAGAGGUGCUGUUGGUCCAAGGAUGGAUGAGACUGGGCCUUACCUUCCUACUCAUCUAGAUGGGGAGCCUAGUACUAGUCCUGAUGUAAGGGAACAUCGCCUAGUUUAUGGUCCGGAGAGGCCUUUGUCAUUGAAGUCAUACGAAUCUUCUGAGGAGGAACUUCAUGCAGAGUGGCGAAAAAAGAAUAAAAAGGGUCACUCUAGCAACUCGAAAAAGGAGCAUUCUAAGAAGCACAGGUCCAAGGAAAAAUCUAAGCAUAAGAAAAUGAAAGAGGAGAAAAGAAGUAAACAUCAUAGCUGAUUAUAUUCUGUAAUUUGAUAUUCUAAUUUAAGGUCAUAACUGUUGGAUAGAGGCAAUAUGGAUGAAACCAUGUUUGUUCUUUGUACAGAUUAUUUUCUGUAACAUCAAAUGCAAUCCUAAAGAUAUAAAUUGGAAAUGGAUUUGCUCCACAUCACGCGAGAAUUGGAGGAUUCAGCUCCAUUUUUGCUUAAGCAAAUUUGCUUCACUUAAGUGAAAAUGGAAAUUUUUG